AUAGCAAGUUACAGUAAAGGUCUUUGUUAUGAGUUAUGACUAAACGGCGUAGUUUUGCAGAGUCCCAGCUCGAACUCGAAACUCCAAACCCUGUACCUGAACGCAAGGGUUGAAGCGAAACAUGGGAAUGGCAUGGUUGCAGUUGCAGAGAAUCAUCACCAAGAUCUCACCACUCCCACACUCUACGCCUUCUAGAUUCUUCUCCAAAUCAUCCCCCUAUGUUGUGAAGGUUGGAAUACCAGAGUUUCUAAGCGGAAUUGGGAAUGGGGUUGAGUCUCACGUUGCUAAGCUUGAAUCCGAAAUCGGUGAUUUCCAGAAGCUUCUAGUCACUCGCACUCUCAAACUCAAGAAGCUUGGUAUUCCUUGCAAACAUAGAAAAUUAAUUUUGAAAUACACACACAAGUACAGGCUGGGAUUAUGGAGGCCACGUGUUGAAUCUAUCAAAGCCUGAUUCGUUUUCAAGUAGUAAGUAGUCAAUGUUAGACCAUAUUGCAAAUGUUUAGCCGCAGCAGAAUGAUAAUGCUCGACUUUACAUGAAAAGCUCAAGUCACUCACUGGCUUUGGAGACCACCUAUCUAUUUCAUCACAUUCAUCCCUUGUGGACAAAGUUUGGUAUUUACACCAGUUAUGUACGAUGAUGGACUUGUCUUAAUUGACAGUCUGUAUUUGUUAGUAUUUCAUAUUCCCGGUGACAUCAUUUCUUGUUUUGGCGAAAAGAAUAUUGAGGGCUUAGGAGUCCUCCAUGCUUUCAUUUAUUUCAUGAUAGUUGCGGUUAAAUCCAAAGACACUAUUGCAGGCAUAUGUUGUGCACGAUAAAAGUAGACAUUAAUUAUAUAAUUAAUGGUAGUCCUAGCACCUAGCAAGUUCCACUUU